UAGCAUAUGUUGCUUGUAUAUAUUUGUAAUCCUUUUGCAUAAAAAUAUGUCCAACUUAAUCUGUAAAUUUAUUUUCUUUUUACCAGGGAGGUAUAUGUGGUAUAUAUGGUGUCAAUUGUCCAGAGUGGAUGAUCAGUAUGCAGGCUUGCAAUGCUCAUGGGCUUUAUUGCGUUCCUUUAUAUGAUACUUUAGGUGCUGGUGCUAUGGAAUAUAUUAUAUGCCAUGCCGAGGUUUCAAUUGUGUUUGCAGAAGAAAAGAAAAUCCCAGAAGUAUUGAAAACAUUUCCGAUGACAACAGAAAAGUUGAAGACAAUUGUGAGUUUUGGCAAGGUUACACCUGAACAAAGAGAAGAGGUUGAGAAGUUUGGUUUAGCAAUAUAUUCAUGGGAUGAAUUUUUGCAACUGGGAGAUGGUAAGGAAUUUGAUCUUCCAAUGAAAAAGCUGUCUGACAUUUAUACAAUUAUGUAUACGAGUGGAACAACUGGUGACCCCAAGGGAGUACUGAUCUCCAAGAAUGCAAUUGCUACUCUUUUAGCGGGUAUAGGACAAAUGUUAGAGAGUGUGAAUGAAAAGUUGACUCCAGAUGAUGUUUUUAUGUCUUACCUUCCUCUGGCUCAUAUCUUUGAUCGGGUAGUUGAGGAGCUGUUUAUUCAUAAGGGUGGUUCAAUAGGAUUUUGGCGUGGGGAUGUCAAAUUAAUGAUUGAAGACCUUGGGGAGCUAAAACCAACUCUGUUCUGCUCUGUUCCACGUGUACUGGAUAGGAUCUAUUCAGGUCUGACAGAGAAGGUAUCUUCUGGGGGUUUCUUAAAGGGCAAAUUGUUUAACUUUGCAUACUCAUUCACACAACAUACAAAUGAUGCAUGA